UACAUCCCCCCUCCCCGCACCCCGCCCUCCCCGGGAACCGGGUACCGCUUGAAUGUACAGCUUGAUGAUGGAGGGCGAGCUGCAGUCCCCGGGACACCCGGUCAGUGCCCCGAGUGCCGGAACCCCGGUGCCCACAGGCGGCGCGAACGGCAAACUGAGCGGCGAACGGGUCAAGCGGCCGAUGAACGCGUUCAUGGUGUGGUCCCGGGGUCAGCGCCGGAAGAUGGCUCAGGAGAACCCGAAGAUGCACAACUCAGAGAUCAGCAAGCGCCUGGGGGCUGAGUGGAAACUCAUGUCCGAGGCCGAGAAGCGCCCGUUCAUCGACGAGGCCAAGAGGCUGCGGGCGCUGCACAUGAAGGAGCACCCGGAUUAUAAAUACCGGCCCCGCCGCAAGACCAAGACCCUGCUCAAGAAGGACAAGUACUCGCUGCCCGCCGGCUUGCUCUCUCCUGGCCCCGGGGCAAUGAGCUCGCCUCCAGGCUUGAACCAACGGCUGGACGGAGCCGGCGCCUACGCGCACAUGAACGGCUGGGCGAACGGCGCUUACCCGGGCUCGGCGGCGGCGGCUGCGGCGGCGGCGGCGGCGGUCAUGAUGCAGGACCCACUGGCUUACAGCCAGCACCCGGCGCUGGCGGCGGCAGGAACAGCGGCUGCAGGAGGAGGAGGGAGUGCCGCCGGCGGUAACGGCGCCGGUGGGUCAGCGGGUCACCAUCCCCAUCAACAUCACCAUCAUCACCCGCAGCAGUUACACCGCUAUGACAUGUCCCUGCAGUACAGCCCCAUCCCCGGCACACAGGGCUACAUGAGCGGCUCCCCCUCCUACAGCCCCAUCCCGUCCGGUUACAGCCACCAGGGAGCCACCACUCUCUCCCUGGGCUCGAUGGUCAAGUCGGAACCGUCCCCCAGCCCUCCGGUCAGCUCGCACUCCCGACCCCCUUGUUCCGGGGACCUGAGAGAGAUGAUCAGCAUGUACUUGCCAACCGGAGGAGAAGCCGGGGACCCAACCCAGAACAGACUGCUUCCCCUGGCUCAGCACUACCAGAGCCCCAGCACGGCUGUUAACGGGACCAUCCCAUUAACUCACAUGUGAACUUCCAGCCCUCGGCAAUUUGCUUUUUUUUUGAUGUACUUGUAAAAAAAGAGGUAAAGUCGUUCGUUGUGGGAACUCUCGGAAAGUUACUGGUUCUGAAGCUAGUGCACAUAACGUUUUAAAAAAAAAGAAUGUAAAUGUUUUAUUAGCCGAGUGUUUCUUUUCUUUUUGUACAGUAUUUAUCAGACAGUUGAGAUGAAUGGCUAUAUUAAAUGUCGCCUGCUGGAAUUUACCCAGAUUGCGCUCCCGCGCUGUUUACACACACUCGCUAUUACUCCCCACGGAAUAAUCAGAAAUUCCGCUCCCUUUCCCUCUCACACACCAAGGGAAAUCUUUGUGAUUUUGAAAAGGCAAGAGACAGGAUUUCCAACUUAAUUUCUAAGGCGUUUGAACUGCCUUUAGUUGCAGGUGUGUGCCUCACGUGAGUUUCUGUAUAUGAAACACUUUCCCCAUUUCUUUUUUGCUUGUGAGAUUUCCUGUCAGUCAUAGAGAGAAUUAGAUCAUUUUUAUUCUAAAAUUGAACCGCGGAUUAACCGGCAGCCGAUGUAAAUAGUUUACUAAUACUUUUCUGAACAGACCGACUGUUUGCGUGGCUCAAAACAAGUCCGUUAAAAUAAUAAAUUUUUACAAAAAAAGUUGUACAUAAUUUGCAUUUAUAC